UAACUUGCCAUAGUUUACGGCUCAUGGGAGAAUCAUACAACUCUCCGUAUGGCAAGAAAAAGAAAAUGGUUACACAAUUUCCUAACUAAUAAUUAAUUAACAAAUACUGUUACACAUGAAAUCUGAAAGUAGUUUCGCGUGACGUCACUGUCCACAGCUCAGCUUAGGAGUUUUUGAAAUUAUUUCCUGCAGUCAGUCCACGACGACCUGCUCCUGAUCCUGAGCUGGACCGGCUUAUUACUUAAAUAUUGCUCGUGUUUUGCAAUAGCAGUGAACAAACCAUGUGGGAUGAUCUCAUCCUCUGAGGAUCGAGAAAUUUUUCCGUUUCUCUAGUGGAAUUAUGGUAUGCAACGUAUGAAAUAAUAAAUCCAAAUAAAGUCUUGUUUCCUCCUCGUCUCCUUUCUACAUAACCUUCGUCUUCUCGAGUUCUUUACAAAUGUGGGGUGUCUACAUCCAAGUGAUCCACAUCCAUUACUGCCACAAAAAGUAAUUAAUUUUUGGAUUACAACUGCGACGCCAAGAAAGAUGUGGGUGAAACGACAACCCCACGGAUAAUAAAAUGAAAUCUGUACAACAACAGGUGGAUUUUAAUUCUGAGCCACGACAUUAAUAAUCCAGCGUCAGAAAAAUUUGGAUAUAAAAAGGCUCCAAUCUCGAACAAUUCGUCCAGUCCCCAUAACCGUAGGAAGGGACCUCUUCUAGGAAAAACUCUAAGGUCAUUAGCUACGAAAUUCUCACUUGUGGGGUGCAUUGAGACACGUUUAUUGCAAGAUUUUCCAAUUAUUGCUUGACCCUCGUUUUAAGAAAACUCUUCACAAUAUGAGAAAUAAAGUGAGAAUAAAAAUCCCCCCUUCCGGACAUUUUCAUCUGAGCCCUUCCAUAGUUUUGUUUAGUUGUGGGAUUCUCUUGCAAAUAUUGAAUAGCUUCUCAGUAAUGUGUGGCAGUGAAAGCAUGUUUGCUCCAAAUCCAUCACAUCAGGCAGUGAGCCCUGACAUGUACCGAUUUUUUAUUCAAUACCAACGAUCUCACAUUCCAAGCUUUAAAGAUAAAUCGAGUGAUCAAAGUGUCCAAGGAGAAAAUGCUGGAAACGCAGGGAAACAGGACAACCUGGAGUUGCAUAAUAAAGUUGGAGACAGCAUGGACAAAGGAACUCAAGAGGAGAGUAGUUCAUAUGGAGAGAAGCAGCAACAAUUUCUCCCAGCGGGGUUGUUACUUCCCAAGCAAUUUGCAAAGUCUGCCAACAACCCUGUGAUAUUCAAUCAAGCAAAUGGACCGUUCAUCGAAAAAGAUCCCUCGGAAGAGGUUGAGAACGGUCAUUUGGGGCUGUUUGGCACCUACAGCGACUACGAUCUCCUGCCCCCCAAACAAGUCGUAGUUAGAUCCCGACCUGGCCAUUUCCCAAUCAAUCAUUCCAGCGGCGGCCCUCCUGUUAAAAGGUCCCAAUCGCUCGCAGCAGCACGCGAAGGAUAUAUGUGUCAUUUCAAACUAUGCCAGUUCGGCACUUCUGGAAAACGUCGAUGGAGCCCACUUUUUGAAUUCGAUUGAAAAUGGUAUGCUGUACUGCAUCCACGUUGAAUCCAAGUCCUAAUGUUUUGCUACUACACAAAUACUUCCACCAACUACAACUACCGCAUUCGUGGAGGUAAACCCAGGAACUCCACACGGACACAUCAUUUUACAAGAAAUGUUACAAUUUCUUUCUGCAUUUUAUCGAUAUUAUAUGGCCAAAAAAGCUGUUAAAAUUCCCAAAUUGUACUUGACAUUUUCAAACCCUAGUAGUUCACAGUGCUGUAUGAAUACUGAACUCUGUCUACUCAUCACUUUGAGUCUAGCUUUAAACCCGUGAUAUAUGUAGUCAUUCAUAACUGCAUGUACAGCCACUAGUUAUGUAGAUUAGAUAGCAUACAUAAGUUACAAAGUAGACACAUAUCAUGGGCAAUAUGUAAAUAAGUGUGUAGCAUCUUGAGGGAUUUCUCUAAUCGCUACUCAAUCUGUCGAACAAUUUUAUUUGAACUGCAUUAUCUUUUCGUGUUAAUAAAAUAAUGCUGUCACACUUUAAGCUAACAA